ACUUAUUAUCUUUCUCCAGCUAUUUCGCGUUAAAUUAAAAAUAAUGUUGUGGACUAUAAUAACAACUUAUCAAAUCAUUUACGCAUGAGCCAAGUACCAAAGAACAUCACCAAAUCAGAAUUUACAGUGAAAUUAUGAAAUAAGUGAAUUUAUUUAUGUUUGUAUUUAUUUAUUUGUUAAUUAAGUUUUAAUAAAAAUGAAAUCUAGAAGUCUAGUCAUAUUCUUUGGCGUCAUAAUAUGUUUAAUACACAAAUCCAAUGCCAGGUCAAGGUGUAUAACCCCUAUUGGGGCUUACAAACCCAGGAAUAGGAAUGACGUGGGGAGGUAUAUUAUCGAUAUACCGGGAAAUCCGAAAAAUUAUGUGGCCAAUCAGAGAUAUAACGUUACUCUAAAGUCGAAUCCACUAUCAAGAAGCCUGAGAAGUUUCAAGAGCUUCAUGAUCACACUAGAAUCGGAAAAAGCGGAAAAUUUUGCAGACGAUGUCAAUGUAAAUCAAGCAGUUGGUCAUUUCGAAUUUGGAAAUGACAUGCUUUCAAUGUUCAGCAGUGUUUGUCCAAAUACCGUUUUAGAAUCAAAUGCUUUGCUCAAAACUGAAGUUCAGUUAUAUUGGAUAGCACCCCCAAAAAAUAGUGGUUGUGUUUCUAUUAAAGCUACAGUAAUAGAAUCUAGGGAUAACUGGUUCAGUGAAGAUGGACCUUUAACGAAAAACCUUUGUGAAGAAUCCACUGAGAAUGAUGAUACCCAACCAACAAUAUUAAAGCAUUGCUGUGCUUGCAAUGAAGCCAAAUAUGAGAUCGCAUUUGAUGGUAUGUGGACUAGAAACACACACCCAAGAGAUUUCCCUUCAGAUGUUUGGAGCACAAAGUUUAGCGAAAUUAUUGGAGCUUCCCAUAAAGUGGACCAAUCAUUUUGGAGAUACGCUGGAAUUGCUAGUGAUGGUAUGAGGGAUUUGGCUGAAACUGGUUAUACCAAGACUUUAGAAACAGAAUUAAAAGAUAUGAGUGAAAACAUCAGGACCAUCAUCAAAGCAAAAGGCUUACAAUACCCAAACAUAACAUUGACUUCCUUCGCUGUAUUCAGAGUAGACAAUCAAAACCAUUUGAUAUCGGUGGUGUCAAAAAUAAUGCCUUCGCCAGACUGGAUUGUGGGGGUAUCAAACUUGGAGUUAUGCAGGCCUGACUGCAAAUGGGAAGAAAAACGAACCCUUAAUUUGUACCCAUGGGAUGUUGGGACAGACGAUGGAAUAUCCUACACUUCUUCUGAUGAGCCGUCACUGCCCCGUCAGCCGAUCAGGAGAAUCAAACCAAACAGCCCGAAUGAUCCGAGAAGUCCUUUCUACGAUGAAAAUGGCGAAGAUAUGAAACCCAUCGCCAGAUUAACGUUGACCAGGCAAAGAUUGUAUGAAAAAACUUGCGAUGAAGAGGCCCUCAUGGCUGGAAAUGAAGUUGAAGAAUAUAGUAGCCCUUGCGCUACUACGAGUUGGGAUGAAUGGUCUCCCUGUUCUCAGCCUUGUGGGAAAGGAGAAAUGUUCAGAAUGAGGCGGUAUUUGAACCCUGAUAACGCGGAUAUUUGCAGCAAGAAACUUGUCGACAAAAAGGCUUGCUACGGUCAAACGAGAAACUGCCACCUAGAUCGAGACGACGCUUCUCAUGAAAAUCAAGACGCCGAAAACGAAGUCGAGGAAGAGGUGAACGAAGACGAUAGAUGCGAACUUGGCGACUGGAGCGAGUGGUCCAGUUGUUCGGCGAUGUGCGGCAAAGGCACCAAGACGAGAGAUCGCAAAUACAAGUUCGGCAGAUAUGCGAGUUUCUGCGGCGAAUCCGCCAAGAAUUUGCAGGAAAACGAAGAGUGCGACGGCGACGGAGAGUGCGAGAACUACGAGGAACCAGAAAUGGACGAAAGCUGCAGAAGCCAGGAGAACUGGGGAGAAUGGGCAGCUUGCAACGUGACCUGCGGAACAGGUUUUAAAGUGCGUUUCCGCAUCAUCAACGGUGAAGAUGAUUGCGCCAAUAUGCCACAUCAAGAGAUCGUUGAGUGUUACAACCCAUCUUGUGAAGGAGGUCAGUUUGGGCCCCUGGAGACUGAUAACCAAAUUAAUGACCUGAUUAUUGUUAGUCAGGGUCCUGUUGGCAGGGUUAUUGACUGCAAGGUGACCAAAUGGACGCCCUGGAGUGACUGCAAGGUUGUUAGUGGAGAGACCUGUGGUACAGGGUAUAUGCAGAGAAGUAGGAAUAUUAUGGUGAUGUCUGGAAAUGGUGGCAAACCAUGCCCGAAAAAACUGAUGAAACUUAAAAAAUGCACCGUGCCUUGCCCUGAGGAAAAAUCCCGCAAAUACUCAAACUCCAAGGAAACGUUACCCACAUGGGGGCCCGCAGAAGGCCCCACAAACGAUGACGCCAUCUCCGACACUGAGUGUACCAUGUCCCCAUGGUCGGCAUGGUCCCCAUGCAGCACCAUAUGCGGAGGGUCCAGUUUUAGACAACGCACAAGGUACAUUGUGCAUAGACCAGAGGGCUCUACCUGUCCUUCAAGGAUAAUGCAACAAAGGUGUCCCUUGCCUUUAGCUUGCACUGAAACAGGGGAAGCCCAGAUUUAAAUUGUAAGAUUAGUACCUAACCCAAUUUUGUAAGGAUUCUGUAAAUAUGAAACAAUAAAUUAUUAUAUUUCUAUUCGUUUUCUGUUUUUU